AACUGUCAUGGCCGACGUGUCAAAUUAACCUGUCAGUUUUAAAAGGAAGAAUAUAAAUAAACAAUCUUAUUUUUAAUGUGUUUUCAGUAAAGAUUACAAAAAUUUUAAUCAGUUCUAUAUUUGUAAUCAGUUCACAAGGAUCAACCGUCUUUAAUUAACAUUGUUGUUGUGUAAUUGGAAAAAGGAAAGUGUAUUUGUGUCAAUGUUAAUAAGUGAAUAACACUUAUCUUUUGUUUUUUUAUUUUUUAUGUUGACCUUUGCGCCGAUAAAGUAAUUUAACAUUUUGCAGUGUCAUUUAUAAAUUCCUUCAGCAGUUGAUUAUUGGGACUUGUUUCUGGAGACAUUACUUCUCAGGUUCUUGAAGAAAUUUUAAUAAUGUCGAACAAAGUGAGAUUUGAUGAUCGUGUGGCGAUUGUAACCGGUGCUGGAGCAGGACUCGGGCGAGCUUAUGCAUUAUUACUUGCAUCAAGAGGUGCCAGCGUGGUUGUUAACGAUUUGGGUGGAGGUCGACAUGGCGAUGGAAGCAGUAAAAAAGCGGCCGAUGUUGUUGUUGACGAAAUACGAAGAAACGGAGGAAAAGCUGUUGCCAACUACGAUUCUGUCGUCGACGGUGAAAAAGUCGUGAAAUCUGCAAUUGACGCAUUUGGACGCGUUGAUAUUAUCAUUAAUAAUGCUGGUAUCUUACGAGAUAAAUCGUUUAUGCGAAUGUCGGAUACAGACUGGGAUCUUGUGCAUAGUGUGCAUUUGAAAGCAGCUGCAAAAUUAACGCAAGCCGCUUGGCCCUAUUUUCGAAAGCAAAGUUUUGGCCGAGUGGUAAUGACAUCGAGUCACAGUGGAAUUUAUGGAAAUUUCGGACAAGCGAAUUAUAGUUCUGCAAAAAUGGGUUUAGUUGGUUUAGCAAAUACCUUGGCACUCGAGGGAGAAAAAUACAAUAUUCACACGAAUGUUAUUGUACCAACAGCCGCUUCACGUCUCACCGAAGACAUUCUCCCUCCAGAUUUAUUUACGGCAUUGAAACCGGAAUUAAUCGCACCUGUCGUUGCGUGGCUGUGUCACGAAAAUUGUCCCGAUAAUGGAUCUAUUAUCGAUGCUGCGGCGGGCUGGGCAGGAAAAACUCAUGUGGUCCGUUCAACGGGUUGCAUUCUACGCAAGAAUUUAAACGAAAUGGUAACACCCGAAGCUGUCCGAGAUAAUUGGGAAUCUGUCACCGACAUGUCUGAAGCGAAACACUUGAAUUCUAUUGGAGAAGCAACAGGCGAACUUAUUAACAGUCUCGACAAAAUGAGAGAGGGAAAUAGUGGUGAUGUGAUUAAUAAGCUCGAUUACGAUAAACGGGACAUAAUUCUCUACGCUCUCGGAGUUGGUGCGACUACAAAAGAAUCUUCCGAUAUGCGUUAUCUGUACGAAAACCAUGAAAAUUUCUCAGUAUUGCCAACAUAUUUCAUUACUUUUGGAGUGAGAGGACUUUUAACAUCUUCAAUUUUCGAAAAUGUUCUACCUGGAGUGCAACUUGAUCCAACCAGGAUUCUUCACGGUGAACAAUAUUUGGAGGUUUUUAAACGUUUCCCAACAGAAGGAAAAAUUGAAUCUCGCUUCCGUGUUAAAGAUGUCAUGGAUAAGGGAAAAGGAGCCGUUAUUCUAGUCGAACAGGAAUCCUUCGACGAAAAUGGAGAUAAAUUAACAACAACUCAAAUGUCCGUAUUCGUUAUUGGAGGUGGUGGUUUUAACGGUAAACGAACUUCACCUCACAUUAUUCCAACAUUUGAUCAUCCAAAACGCAAACCGGACAUGUCAGUUCAACAAAAAACUAACAUCGAUCAGGCAGCAUUGUAUAGAUUAAGUGGCGAUUAUAAUCCACUUCAUAUUGAUCCAAUGAUCGCCAGUUUAGCUGGAUAUUCGCAGCCUAUUUUACAUGGAUUAUGCUCACUUGGAUUUUCAACUCGUCACGUGCUUCAUACGUACGCUGGCGGCGAUUCAGAUUUAUUCAAAGCAAUCAAGGUAAGAUUUACAAAGCCAGUUUAUCCAGGACAGACAUUACGUACUGAUAUGUGGCAAGAGGGAAACAGAAUUCACUUCGAGACAACAGUAGUUGAAACUGAAACUCCAGUCAUUACAGGUGCUUAUAUUGACUUGAAACAAGUUCAGCAGCCAACAGUUAUGAAGAAUUUGUGCUCGGCUAAAGUAAAUCUCGAAAGCGAUGGAGUCUUUGAGCAAAUUAAUGAUUAUGUCAAGUCACACACGGAAGAAGUUAAGAAAAUAAAUGGAAUAUUUCACUAUGUAGUGACAUCGAAAGGCGAACCAACAGCCCAAUGGACAAUCGAUUUGAAGAAGGGAGAAGUGUACAGAGGUGAACCCAAAACGAAAGCAGACACAACUCUCACCAUCGAUGAUAAAGAUAUGAUUCAAAUGACGCUUGGAAAGUUAAAUCCUCAAGUCGCAUUCAUGCAAGGAAAGCUCAAAAUAAAAGGCAAUAUUAUGUUGACUCAAAAAUUGAAGACUUUACUCGAUGCUAAUCGACCAAAACUGUAAAUUUAUUCCAGUUCUGCCUCUUUGAUAUAUAUGUUUAUAUAUAUAUUUGUACUAUAUCUGUAAGUAUCAACAAAAUAAUAUGUCGAUAUUUUAUAUCUCUUGAUUUAAAUUCAAAAUUCUUCAAAAACAAGAAGAAAAAAUAAAACUAAAGUUUGAGUGUCAAUGAAUUUGGAUAGAAUUAAAAAAAGUAAACGUAAAUUUAUUUACAAAUUACGAUUUAUCAAGAAAAAAAAAAUAAAAUUGGGAUAAUAUUUAAAUAAUUGACUCCAAUGUUUUUAUUGGGUCAAUUAUAUUAUUAUUAUUUAUUAUUUUACAUUGGAAAAAAGUUAAUGUCAAUUUUGGAACAAUUUUUCCGAAUUGUCUUCCAAUUCUGUAAUAUUUUUAAAUACUAGUCUGAACUUUUCACUCAUUGUGCGAUUAGAAUGCUUAUAGAAAAUAAAUAUUAUGAUUACAAUUCGAGGAUUAAUGGAAAGCUUAUUGACACUUAUCCUUUUGUUUAAUAAACGGAAGAAAAUAUUGAAGCAUAGAAAUCAAUUUUAUGUCAGAAAUUUAAUGGAUGAUCGAGAAUUAUAAAUUAUCGAAUAAUCCAAUUAUCGUUUGUUUAUUAAGGUGUUAUUGCACAUAUAAAGGGGGAAAUUUUUAUACAUAAUGAAAUAAAAGAGUUUUAUAUAUAUAUAAA